AUGAAUUAUUGUGACUUCUUUGUUUUAUCACAAGGAAAGCAAGAAAAUGAUACUUUUCUGAUCAGGGUUACAAAAAAUGAACCAUUUUGUCGGAAACUUCGUGAAAAACUGGCCAUUGUAUUCGAAAAGGUUUUGUUACCAGAGCUUGUCACUCGGAAAAGUGAUCCCAAGUUACUAAAUGAAGAAAAGGUGUAUUGCAUAUGCAGAAGACCAUCCUUCCCACCUAUGAUUGGUUGUGACAAUUUAGGCUCAUGUGACAUAGAAUGGUUCCAUUAUUCUUGUGUGAAGAUAACAAGAGCACCGAAAACUUGGCUAUGUUCUACCUGUCAGAAUAAUAUUAAAAAAAAUAGUGUGUCACAUUAUAUCAAAGUAAUAUAUGUAAUAUAA